CGUCGUCAAACUUCAAGUUGUCGUCUUCAUCUUUUUUGCCCCUCCUCCUCUUCCUCUUCCACCUCCUCCUCUUCCUCUUCUACCUCCUCCUCUUACCCCUCUUACCCCUUUUACCCUGCCCUCCUCGCUAUCUCCUGUCCUCUCGCUAUUCGAUAUCAUCGUCUCUCGCUAACCGCGGCGGUUCGCGCUUUGCUUUCUCUGGUUAUUGGAUAUCAAACCAUCACAUCCCGCUCAGCAUCGCUAUAUCGUUAAUAACGCAGCAUUGUUUCGCCAAACUUUCGUUUUUGUUGCUCUUUCUAGUUCUCUCUAUUAGAACGUUUAGAAUAAUUCAUUAUUACCAUACCUAUCAGCCCUGUUCGUCCGUGGCAGUCGAAUCUUUGUCCGUACCGUCGACAACACACGGACGUUCGCUUUUAAGCCGGACGCCAGCCAGCCCAUUCGCUACCAACCUACCAUCUGACUCAAAAGUCUAUUUGCUAUGACUUGAAAAAGGCGAAAUUACUCGGUCAUCAUCUACUUGGGAGAAUAUCGUGCUGUACAAGAAAGACGUUGCAUUCCCGCCCCCUUUUUUUUUGGUUUAUUGCUUGGGAUAUAAAAUCUUGGGUGUUGAAAGCCCGACUGUGCCAACCUUUUUUUACCCUCUCUUUUUCUUGUUGGGUCUUGCACUUGUUGGCCUUCAGUGCUCUAGAGAGGGACCGAGGGUAGUCGAGUCAAUAUGCGGCCCACCAGCCACAUUUUCAUUCUUUGUUCGCUACUCCUGCUGGUGUCGUUUGUGAAAGCCUCGUUGGGGGAUGGCAAGGUUCAUUUAGCACAGCCAAUCGCGCUUGCAAGACGGCAAAAUAGAGAAGACACUACGGCGGAUGGACCUUCGAGGACAGAGGAUCCCACAAUCACUGAAGCCCCGACGGAGACCGGGGACUCGGAAGAAACCGGAAGAAAUACCGACGGAAAUACCGAUACAACUGCUGGAACAAAAGAUACGGGUACCAGAACGACAAAUCCGAGGCCCACAAGUGUCCCCUUUGAUGCCCCCGCAGGCGGUAUAAAGCUUAUCGAACCAGCCAUAACCGAUGGACCAACCUACAUCAAAAUCGGGACGACAGCAACAUUCAAAUGGAACUACACAUCCCUCCUCGUCUCCCCGACCGCCGUCGAUGCGGUCGCAUACUGUAGCAAAAACGACCAUUCAUACACCAUUUCUGGGAACAUGACCGUUGCACCAACCGUAGAGAUCGAGUGGGAUACGGGUGCCUACAGAACAAGCGACGUGCCGUUACUCACGGAAGACUACACGCUCAUGGUGUAUGACAAUUCUAAAGAUCCCUCUACUAUCCCUGGGCCAGGUGAAUUGGGUUCCCAAAACCAGUUUGUCUUUGGAAUGUAUUACCCUCAACCAUAUACUCCACGUCAAGAUUUCGUCUGUCCCGGUUGCAACAGUGCUGUCUCAGAUAUGGAACGACAAGCUCUUAAGUUCAUUGUUGGCAUGUCCGCAGUCACAGUUCUCUCUUUCACAUGGUUCGUUACGGGCGUUGUUGGACUUCUUUAAAGAUGCUGCAAUACAAAAAAGCAAGAGAGGCAAAAGAAAGGCCUUACUUCCUUAUUCCCAGUUUCCUCCUUCUAGAGAGAAUCUAUUCUUCUUCUCUCACCAUAUUCUUCUACUUCCAAAUUUCCGGAUCUCUCUCGUCUCAAAUUUAAUUUUUCGCAAAUUAACCCAACUUUGAUAUUCGACCUUAUUCUCCCAUCUAGCAUAUAGGUACUACCAUCAUUGUAUCUCAUCUUAGUGACGUCGUCAUUUUUCAUAUUUUCGUUGGUUUUCCUGUUUCCUGGGUUGCCUUUCUCGUUUCUUUUUUCUUUCUCGUUCUACUAUGAUCUGAUUUGUAACAAGCAAUAACUUUUCCCACUAAAGUUGUGGUUUAUUGCUUUGUUCAUUUGUGUCUGUUGGGUGCUUAGGUUAUUUUUUUAUUUUUUUUUGGGUGCAGGGGAAACUUAUCGUACAUAAUUUAAUUCGAAUGUAUAUUUUGUGUUCACAGUGUCCCUCAAGGAGUCUUUGAUACUGAAAUCUUACGUCCAAGGUCCCUAAUCCUUUCAUAAUUUCCAGGUCGUUAAAACAAACUCAUAGUAGCCACCCACUCAAUUUCUUUCUUAUUAGUAUUUUAUUUCAAAUAUUUUCCCGUUGUCUCCCCUUUCAUAGCACAUAAGUAAAAGCAUGAAAGAAAACGAAAAGAAAAAAGCAAAAGAAAAUGUUCCAAGAUAGAUCACAGGGAUAUUUUCUCCCUCUCCUCUUUUACUUCUUCCCUGUUUUAAUAACAUUCAUUCCCAUCCGAGUCAAAAGACUUCCAAAAACUCUCAAGCAACAUACACUAGCAGCGAAAAGGACAGAAGAUGAAUGAUGAUUAGUAUCUCAUAGCUCAUAGACAGGCUAUAUAUA